GAUAUUUCAGCUCUUAAAUUGAUAACUUUUUAAAAUAGCACCACAGUGGUUGUCUCUUGGUGAUUGCUGUAAUGGCGUAGUAGAAGCAGGAGUCUGCUUUUUGAAUUCUGUGGCCACAGUUGCAAACGGUAAAAAGGAGAUUGUCUAAUGGAGCUGAUGUCAGGCCACUCUGGGACUAAGUGCCAGGUGGUUUUGGGGAGGCAAACAUAGUUACUGUGAGGCACUACAGCGUGUUGUCAUAAGUGAUGAUGAUUGAUUGACUCUUCUUUUUGCACCUAAUGGUGCAUAGUGCAUAGUUGGUUUGUAGGAAAUGUUUGGUGGUUGAAUGAAUGAAUGGAAAGCAGUCUGAGGAAGGGGGAAAUAUUCUAGUGCAGAUAAUAAACUGUUUAGCUCCUCUUUAAAAGAAAAAAAAGCCAAGAAAGUGUGUUUCAGAGUCCUGCAGAAAAUAGGCUGUUGAGAUGGGUAUCUAUAAGGGGUUUUCCUUGCUGGAGCUGCCUUGAGAUCUGAGUGAGACUGCGAGGUGUUCUAGCCACCUGCAGCCUGCGGUCCUCCGGUCAGGCGCAGCUUCACAGACUUGUUCCCGCAGCCUUCUCUGGUUAGGCUAACUGAGCAGUUGGAUUGGUAGUCACAAUUUUUGCACUAAUAGAGGAACUGGAGCUCUCGGUAAUGGCCACACCAGUAUCACUGAUCCUGAGUGUGCAUCUUCUUGUCCUUUAUUUUUGAUAGGAGAGGGGAGUUAUCCCUCCCUGAAGUGCUUCUCCAGCAGCUCCUCAUUCCACACCUGUAUGUCUCUCCCUCCUUUCCUUCCUCGAGCUGCCUCUGUAACCCUCAAGUACUAAUGAAUUCACUAGCACAGACCUGGGGGUACAGAAGAUCUUACUUUGCAACUAAAACUAGCUUUUGACCGACUUAUAAUGUCAACAUCACUGCUAGAGCCAUCUAGGAGAGAGUAUAACUCAGAGCCGUCACUUGUGAUUUUGUCUUUCUUAUCCACAAGCAGAAGAGGGAGGGCCUAGCUCUCGACCUGGUGAGUCUAUGGAGGGUGCACCUGUCAUCCCAGAACAAAAUAAGAAAUGAAGGCUGAUGCAGAAAAGAGAUACUGAGUUUUGGUGUGUGUCUGGGAGUUUGUACUUUCUGGCAAGGAAUUGUGGGAGGCGCUUCGGUGAAGAGAUGGACCAGUGUGUAUAAUCAUGGAACCUCCUUGCUGACCAUCACCACCUGCUCUCCUUGAGAAGUGAGAGAGAGUGGGUCAGGGGAGAAGGAAGAGAGGUCAACAUGAAGCUAAAGCAGCGAGUCGUGCUGUUAGCGAUUCUCCUUGUCAUCUUUAUCUUCACCAAAGUUUUCCUGAUUGACAACUUAGAUACAUCAGCUGCCAACCGGGAGGACCAGAGGGCCUUUCACCGCAUGAUGGCUGGCUUGCAGGUGGAGCUGGUGCCCAAGCUGGACCACACCUUGCAGUCUCCCUGGGAGAUUGCAGCCCAGUGGGUGGUUCCCCGGGAAGUGUACCCUGAAGAGACACCAGAGCUGGGGGCAAUCAUGCAUGCCAUGGCCACUAAGAAAAUCAUUAAAGCUGAUGUGGGUUAUAAAGGGACACAACUGAAAGCCUUACUAAUACUUGAAGGAGGACAGAAAGUUGUCUUCAAACCUAAGCGGUACAACCGGGACUACGUGGUGGAAGGGGAGCCGUAUGCUGGUUAUGACAGACACAAUGCAGAGGUAGCAGCCUUUCAUUUGGACAGGAUUCUGGGUUUCCGCCGAGCCCCCUUGGUGGUUGGCAGGUUUGUUAAUCUGCGGACGGAGAUCAAGCCUGUUGCCACGGAGCAGCUCUUGAGCACCUUCCUAACCGUAGGAAAUAAUACUUGUUUCUAUGGGAAGUGUUAUUACUGCCGAGAAACAGAGCCAGCCUGUGCUGAUGGAGACACGAUGGAGGGGUCUGUCACGCUUUGGCUUCCAGACGUGUGGCCACUACAGAAGCACCGACACCCGUGGGGCAGGACUUACCGAGAGGGCAAGCUGGCCCGGUGGGAGUACGAUGAGAGCUACUGCGAUGCUGUGAAGAAAACAUCCCCUUACGACUCCGGCCCGCGCCUUCUGGAUAUCAUCGACACGGCUGUCUUUGAUUACCUAAUUGGCAACGCCGACCGCCAUCACUAUGAGAGUUUUCAGGACGAUGAAGGCGCCAGUAUGCUCAUCCUUCUCGAUAAUGCCAAAAGCUUUGGGAACCCCUCGCUGGAUGAGAGAAGCAUCCUGGCCCCGCUCUAUCAGUGUUGCAUCAUCCGGGUUUCCACCUGGAACAGACUGAACUACCUGAAGAAUGGGGUGCUGAAGUCUGCCUUAAAGUCUGCCCUGGCCCACGACCCCAUCUCCCCAGUGCUCUCUGAGCCUCACCUGGACGCUGUGGACCAGCGGCUCCAGAGCGUCCUGGCCACCGUGAAGCAGUGCACGGACCAGUUUGGGAUGGACACUGUGCUGGUGGAAGACAGGAUGCCUCUCUCCCACUUGUAAUUCUCCACACAAAUAAGUGAAACUUCUUUUUACAAAGAUAGAGAAACAGCACAAUCAAUUCCGAAUGGCAUGAGAUGGAUUGGAAAUGGCCAGCAGCACGUUCUGGUGACAGGGGACAGGGUGGCCUUGGGUUUCUUGGGUGUUUUCUGUAGUAGAAACUAAAGCAAAGACUACAAGUUUCAGCCCACGGAACUGCACCUGCUGAAGCCCCUUCUGGUUUGCCCAGCGCUUGCCCGUCUGGCAGUGGGCACGGUGGUUGGUCAGUCUUCAUUCUCAUGCCAAAGGACAAAUAGAGGGGGGACGUUGAAGAGGUUAAAGCUGGGGUUGGUUCUGGAGUGUGUAUUUUGAGUUCAUCCUUAUGGUCCUUUCUCCACACCUGUGGAUUUUUCUGAGAACACUUUACAGUCCCUUGAGUCCUCUUUUGCCGGGACUAAUCAUAUCGGGAAUGUUGCUGCUUCCUGAGGAGUGGCAGCGAGUGACCGGCCUUCUGCUGAGCCAAAGCAGUGUGCUCUGCCGCAGGGAAUGUGUUUUUUAAGAUAGAACUUUAGAGGGAAGGGCAAAAGCAGGAAAGAUGUUUGGGCUUUUAAGUGAGUAGGUGGUGGUGCUUUUGAUGAUUUUCAGAGGAAGGAGAGGAAUCAGGGAGGUGACUGAACAAGUUCUUCAGGUGUGUAAAUGCAAGUGUGACUCGUACCUAAGUAAGAGCUGCACUCACACAGUUGUGUCCAGAUGACCCCCAACAUCGUCCCCCGAGAACAUGCCGCUACAACCCCAGCACAGCUCUGGUGUGGAGGCUUGCUUUCUCCUUUUGCCCAAAGCUGGCAAAUCCUUUCCAAAUAAUCAAAGCCAACUGAAAGAGUUAGGUUACCUGUGAUCUCUGCCGUCCCAGUUUCAAAAAUGAAUUUUCACUUCUGUCUUCAAGGCAUCUGGUCAUUGAAGCUGCUGUUCCCAAGAGAUUGGCGAUCCUAUUUGUGCCUUUCUUGUGAAAAAGCCAGCUCACUCCUACAGAUGGUCGUUCACUUCCUGCUGGUGGCUGGACCUGUCCUGUGAUUUGGGCCAUGUGGAAGGCUGGAAACAAAAAUUUUGAGCCUUAAAAUUAAGGGGGUUACCAGGAAGAGCCUUAAGAUUUUGAUUUAUGUCAAACCCGUUUUAACAUUUAAUCUUGUUUGGAGUUCUGAACCCUUGAUGGAGUAUUGUUUUUCUGUCUCCUGUUGGCACUCUCAAGUUUCAGGUUGCUAAGCCAGGCUUAGUUCUGGGUUCUGCUGAAGUCAUUGUGACAUGCAAGCAGUUGCAUGAAAAUGCAAGACCAGAGGGAGCAGGCCUGGUGUGCGCACCCAGGUCCUCAGAGCUGAGUGCUUCUCUCCUGCAUUUGUCUGGGGACUGUUCUGGUUUUGUACUUCUGUCAAGCAGAAACUAAUAUUUAAACAGUGUGAUUGAACACACUUAUUGCCAGUGAUUGGUGACCAGUUUUAGGCAACCACCCUUUAAAAAACUUUUUAGAAUUUAUGCCCCAAUUCUCUCAAAUUGAAAGAUAACCGAGCACCCUGUAACUACCACUACUGAUAGCAGGAAAUUAGGAUACUUUUGUACUUUGUAUAUACAUUUUGAGAUGUACACGGAAUGGGCUAUUUCUAAAAAAAAAAAAAAUAGGUAUUGAAUUUAAGAAGACAUAUUAGCACAAAACACUGGAAUAAUGUUAACAAAAGGAGGCAUUGGUUCCAGUUUUAAAGCCAUUUGCUUUGUGUAUCCAGAAAAAUUCACAGCUGAGCUUGAGAAUGCCUUGGGUGGUGCCCACCUGCCAGCAUCAGGGAGUCGGCUCCGGGUCGCAGUGGGAAGGAAGUCCGCGCUGCACUCCUUGGUAAAUGUUAGUUGAACUGAGUUCUUCCGAACACAUGGUACCUUCAGUAUGCCCCAGUGAUGAGUGAGAGCUGCCCUCAAGCUGGGAAGGGAGGUGAUUCUGCUAAGGAAAAAGAGCAGGAGGUAAAGCGGCUUUGAAAACGUCUCAUCCUUUUCUCAAAACAUUGCAAAAAAAAUGUACAAUUUCAUUCUCUUUCCCUGUUUUAAAAUUCAUGAUCUUAAAAGGUGUUCAGACCUAUAGCGGUUAAAGUGAGAAUUAUGCCAACAGAGUGGUGUGACAUGACACCUAGAAAGAACAUUAAUGUACGUUCUAAGUCAAGAUUGAAUUAAGCUGGAAAAGUACAUCUAAGUGAGUAUCAGAGAAAACCAACCUUAAACUUCUAGCCCCAAAAUUCACAAACACUAAAUUCUGUUUCAAAAAGGAGGUAGAUAUCUUUCUUUAAGUUUUGUAAUACUGUUCAUUUCAUGGUUUGUCUUUUAGAAUCGAGCAUUAUAAUCAAACAGGUCACUGGAAGGGUUUUUUUUGGUCAGUCCUAAACUGGGUGUGCCUGGCUAACAUCGGAAGGGAGACACGGAUACAUUUUAAUAUUAUAAAGCUGGGAAAAUCAGAACUGACCACCAUUCUCUGCCUUCCCUCUCCCACUUCUUAAAUAUGUUUACUCCAGAGUCUGGGGGAUACGAGUUUAGAGGUUUCACUCCAAAAUUGUUCUUUAAUAUGUGGCUAUAUUAUGGAUUUGGUGGUAAAUAAUUUUCUGUGCAAAAAACAAAUUAAUAGACAGGGUCUGAUUUACUCAGAGCAUUGUUCAAUAAUAUAUUAACAAGGUGUUUCUCCCUAUUUGCACUCAGAAUUAAUAUGUCAAAUGAAAUUUUAAUAAGGAGAGGGAAGAAUUCAGGUACAUCCAUUGCAUAUUAUUUGGGGAAAGAUUAAUCCUAAACAUGGCAAAAUUUCAGUGACACCUGAAGGCAACAUUUUCUUCCAAAGAAAUCCAUCUUUUCUUUAAAAAAAAAAAAAGGCUUUUGGCCUUCCUUCCCUCCCCUACCAUGUUUUUUCACCCUCCCUUCUGCACAGUGUCCGUACUCUUGUUUGACCAGUACGUGAGCACACCUCAGAGGGUGGUAAACAGUGUCUGUCAGCGAGCUGUCUUGUGAGCUUAGGCUUCAGGAAACGUGAGUCAAGGUGUACGUAUGUAUAUAGUCGUAUAUGUAUUCUAACAGGAAAAAGUGUAUUUAUUUUGACGCAGGGAAACCCUGACUUACGUUGCUGAAGAACUUGAAGCUAGUAGGAGGGGCUCUUCUCAGACUCUGAGAGUGGACCUCAGUGACAUGCAGGCCAUCCGUUCCGCAGACACCUGCUCCGCUGGCCAGGGCGGGCGCAGGGCACGGACAGACUGUUGGACAGGGAAGGCCAGUCUUCCUCCCCUUCGCCUGCUCAGGUCUGGGUAGAAAAGGGAGAGGCUGGGUACCACACUGCCACAGGCUUUUAAGGAAGUAAGAUGUUACUCACAAAUACAAAAUGUUUGCAGGGGAGUGGGAAUAACUUACUGGGAAGUUAAUUUAUUUGCUUGAGAGGGAGGUGUGGGAACUGCUACCCUCUGUUUUGAUCUGCCAAGGAUUUCCUCUCAGAGCUGUUGCACAAAUAGAGGUUGUGCUUGGUAAGACAUCAAACAAGACAGAUAUGCACCUAAAUUUCUAAUGUGUUCUAUGGGUUUCAAUUCUGAAAAAAAAAAGAAAAUAAAGAUUUUAAUAAGUA